UACGUACGACAACUACGUGAUCUACUUGCCGGCAGACGCAUCCAGGUCCCCCAUGCACAUCUCCACUUGGGGCGAUGCGGCAGAAGUGGAGCCCUCUAAAGUGCGACUCUCCAGCGUUCUUAAUUGAGUUCACAUUAGUUCUGCAUUGCAGUGCUGGGAGGUGAAAGAUGGAGGUCCCGACGGACGACAUCCGCUUCCAGAUCGAACUCGAGUUCGUUCAGUGCCUUGCAAGCCCGUCGUAUCUGAACCACCUGGCCAUCAACAAGUACUUUGACAAUCCUGCGUUCCUCCACUACCUCCAAUACCUCAAGUACUGGAAGAAGCCCGAAUAUGCGCGCUACAUCAACUACCCGCACGCGUUGACGUUCCUCGACCUGCUCGACGGGGAAAAGUUCCGACAGAUGAUUGCCCACGACAACUUUCGCGACUUGGUGCAUCAGCAACAAGGACUGCACUGGAUGCACUACCACAACAAUCGCGUCAAGGCCGCGGAGGCUGCAGCUGCAUCACCAGACACUGUCGCGUCCGAAUAACACGAUCUUCCAUACCCCACGGCA